AUGAACACACUUACAUUUAUACUCUCACUAUCCUUUCUACUAAGCGCUGCACUAACUACUAUAAACUUUUGACUAGCCCAAAUAGCCCCAGACACAGAAAAACUGUCACCGUACGAAUGCGGAUUUGACCCACUAGGAUCAGCCCGACUCCCAUUCUCAAUCCGAUUCUUCCUAGUAGCCAUCCUAUUCCUUUUAUUCGACCUAGAAAUCGCCCUGCUUCUUCCCCUUCCAUGAGCCAUCCAACUUGCACACCCUAUAAUAACCCUUACUUGAGCCACCACUAUCAUCGCCCUCCUCACAUUUGGUCUCAUCUACGAAUGAACUCAGGGCGGCUUAGAAUGAGCAGAAUAA